AUGUCGUCGAUUCUCCCCCAAAUUUUGCUUCGACCAAUCAGAAUUAGCGCCUCGAAUUUCGGACAAAUUACAAGAAGCAUUGCGACAAGUCAGAAAUGCUGUAUCGAAACAAUUGCGCUGUCCAAACUCAACAAAGACGAUCUAGGACACUCAAUCUUGAUUCAUAAAGGCACAUUGCCCCCGGGAUCCCCAAAAACUCCGCACGACGUCGUGGCAAUGGGUGUAAAGGCGGCGAAGAUUCUAUCACUAUCGUCUUCUAUCGCCGGAGUCGUCAUGGUGCCAGUACUCUCUUCGUAUUUGUGGGAAGCCGCUGCUGAGAAGCCGAAGAUGAUGAUGUUUGCGAUUGUCGCCAACACAUUUCUCGUGCUACUCUCAUUCACGCCGCUGUUACUUCACUUCCUCGCGAAACGAUUCCCAAUCGAUAUUUUCUAUAAUAACGAGAAGAAAAUCUACACGACAAUCCACUACAACUUCUUGAUGCAGAAGCAAGCGCUCCGGUUUUCGGCGUCAGACGUCGUCGACGCUGCGGUGGCGCCCGAAAUGAAGAAGGUGUGGAUUCCGUUGGCGACGGCGUUUGUUGGAAAACGACCACUUCUCAUCUCCUUGGAUCGGAAUGCGUAUCUGGAUAAACUGGCGUUCGAUGAGCUGACGAAGAAUGUGGAUAUCCCACCGAAUGCUGACUAA